CUUUAAGUUUCACAGCGAAAUCAAAGGUUGUCCCUUCGUCUGCUUCUGUGAGCUUUCUCUCUGUUCCACCAUUAAUCUUUCCCUUUUUUCUCUUAUUCAACUUUCUUUCUUUCUUCUUCUUCUUCUUUCUCGGGACAAUCAUUUUUGGUGCCUUUUUUUCUUUCUUCCUCCAUGAUCUUUCUCUUCUUUGUAACUUCGCCUCCUCUGUGCUCAUUUUCAUGAAUUCCUUCUCUUGUUUCCAAGCAAAUAAUCUGUUUUGCCGCAAAAGACCCAUUUUAUUCUUCCGUUACAGUGAAUAUAUUUCUUUAGAGAGAGAGAGACUCUGUGUCCGAAUUUAGACGUCCCCCAUCUUCAAAGAUUGGAUUUUUUUUUUCGUUCUUCAUCUUGAUGGGUUAAAUUAAACCAAUUUCAUCAUUUGCUCAAUCUUUAUCCCGAAGCGACUUGUUUUGGUUUGAAGCUAUAAUACAGAGAGAAACAUAAUCCCUUGCUAGAAGUCACAUAUCAUCUGGUCAUUGAAGAUGGGUAGGGUUAAGUUGAAGAUUAAAAGACUUGAGAGCGCAUCCAACAGGCAAGUUACAUACUCGAAGAGAAAAAGUGGGAUAUUGAAGAAAGCCAAAGAGUUAUCGAUUUUGUGUGAUAUUGAUAUUGUCCUUCUUAUGUUUUCUCCUACCGGAAAGCCUAACGUUUUCCAUGGAGAACACAGUUGCAUUGAAGAUGUUAUCACUAAGUUUGCGCAAUUGACUCCACAAGAAAGGACAAAAAGGAAAUUGGAGAGCCUUGAAGGAUUGAAGAAGACUUUUAAGAAGCUGGAUCAUGAUGUAAACAUAAAUGAGUUUUUAGGAGCAAGGAAUCAAACUAUUGAGGGUCUAAGUAACCAAGUAGCGAUUUUCCAAGCUCAGCUUAUGGAGUGUCAUAGGAGGCUGAGUUGUUGGACGAACAUCGAUAGAAUAGAAAACACAGAGCACCUCAAUUUAUUGGAAGAAUCAUUAAGGAAAUCUCUUGAAAGAAUCCAGAUUCACAAGGAACAUUACAGAAAGAACCAACUUUUGCCAAUAGAAUGUACAACUACACAGUUUCACAGCGGGAUACAGUUGCCUUUGGCAAUGGGAGGUAAUAAUAGUAUGCAAGAAGCUCACUCGAUGUCUUGGCUUCCUGAUAACGAGAACCAGCAAACAAUCUUACCUGGUGAUUCCAGCUUUCUUCCUCAUAGAGAUAUGGAUGGUUCGAUUCCCGUUUACUCAAACUGCUUCUUUGAGACUACAAAACCAGAAGAUCAGAUAUGCAGCAACCCGGGACAACAAUUUGAGCACUUAGAACAACAAGGAAACGGUUGUUUGGGUUUACAACAACUGGGGGAGGAAUAUCCAUAUCCCACACCAUUUGGUACUAGUUUGGGGAUGGAAGAAGAUCAGGAUAAGAAGAUAAAAUGUGAAAUGGAGUUGAACAACUUGCAAGAACAGCAAAAACCUUCAUCAAUGUAUGAUCCAACGGUUAAUAAUAGUGGCUUCUUUCAAAUUCCUCAUGAUCAAUCCAUGUUUGCCACUGAUCAUCAUCAUCAUCAACAUCAUCAUCAUCAAAAUUGGGUUCCAGAUUCAAUGUUUGGUCAGACUUCUUACAGCCAGCAACCGAACUAAUCAAGAGAGGGUUCAUGUAUGUAACCUAUUCUAUGGAUGGUGACUGGACUCUACAGGAAGACUAGCUUGAGCCAUUGCUCUAAUGUCCAAUAUAUAUAUAUAUAUAGAGAGAGAGAGAGAGUGACGAAUGUGUGUGUGUGUGUGUGUGUGUAUAUAUGUACUUGUAUUUAUGAGAGCUUGUGUCAUAUACUCAGGGGAGUUUUAGGCAUUUUGUGUAUAAGAUAUGUUGCGUAGAAACCAUAUAUUUUGUAAGAAUGAUAAAUAUAAU